AGUCCUAUUGAUGACGCCCUAGAUUCCAAUCCAACGGUAGACGUCUGUAUACAUCAUUAAAGUUGUAAUCUUUUUAAUAAUCGACGCUUCACCCGCUCAAUCUCUCUCUGGCCUGCUGGUAGAUUUUCAUGAAGGCAGUCCCGCGGCCCACCUUCAGAUACUGGCUUUGAAAGGAAUAAUGGCAAAUGAUGCAAGCAAGGAUCUGCUUUCUGGCACUGUUGGAGGAGCUGCACAAUUGAUAUGUGGGCAUCCAUUUGACACAAUCAAGGUGAAGCUGCAGAGCCAGUCAAUGCCUCGUCAUGGCCAACCCCCACGCUAUGCUGGUGCAAUGGAUGCUGUCAGGCAGACAGUCACAGCAGAAGGUCCUCAAGGCCUGUACAAAGGAAUGGGAGCCCCAUUAGCCACAGUGGCAGCACUAAAUGCAGUUCUCUUUACUGCAAGAGGUCAGAUGGAAAACUUAGUCAGAACGGGUCCUGGGAUCCCCCUUUCUGUGGGGCAGCAGGUAAUUUGUGGAGCAGGGGCUGGUGUUGCUGUGUCAAUGCUAGCUUGCCCAACUGAACUAGUGAAGUGUAGAUUGCAAGCUCAAAGUGCUCUUGCCACUGGAGAAGCUGUUGCAGUUGCCACUGCCGGGACAACAACAGGUGCUUCCACAGUAGUAGCAGCAUCCAUCAAGUACAAUGGACCAAUGAAUGUAGCCAAACAUGUUUUAAAGUCUGAGGGAGGGAUUAUAGGACUAUAUAAGGGUCUCAUCCCUACUUUAGCACGAGAAGUGCCUGGAAAUGCAGUUAUGUUUGGUGUCUACGAGGGUCUAAAGCAGUAUUUGGCAGGAGGACGUGAUACUUCUGAAUUGGGCCGAAGUGCUCUUCUUACUUCAGGUGGGCUUGCUGGUGCUGCUUGCUGGCUGAUUAUAUAUCCAACUGAUGUUGUGAAGAGUGUUAUCCAGAUUGAUGAUUUCCGCCAGCCAAAGUACUCUGGUUCAAUUGAUGCAUUCCGGAAAAUUGUUGCUUCUGAAGGGAUUAAAGGUUUGUACAAAGGCUUAGGACCUGCCAUGGCUAGAAGCAUUCCUGCCAAUGCAGCAUGUUUCCUUGCUUAUGAGGUUACCAGGUCAAGUUUGGGAUGAUAAAAUAUUUAACUGGAAUUCUGCGGUAUUACACAAAUUUGACACCAACGAAAUGAUCUGGGAAAUGAGUGUCUUCUCCAUUUGAAAGCAGCAUUCAAUUAGACAACUUCACGAUUCACUUUAUCAAUCAUCCCGUUUGCUGAAAUCAGCUUAUUUUCAUGGUCUUUGAUAAGUUUUUAAUAGGAUCUUAUCUCUGUCUUCCAGCCCCAAUACUGUUGUUUUAUUUCAGCAUUCAAGACUACAUAAUAACAUAUAGACUUACAUUGUUGUUGUUUUGCAUUAGUUACCUUAUCAUCUAUACAAGCAAGUUCGUGUCC